AUGAAUGGGCACGCGGAGAAGACGCCGGUGUUGAACGGCCCGCCACCGCCUCCGCCACGUGGAAUGCCGGCCAUAGUCCCUCGAAAUCAGCCCGAACAAGGGACCCUCGUGCGCAGCGAAAAACGUCGUGACUCCGAUCGCAACGACCCAAUGACAAUGUCCGUCGACCGCGAAUCCCAUUCGUUUGCCGAAGACACGAUGGGCCAACUGAAGCGCACGUUUGCCGGAAUUUUCGGAGACGUCUCA